AUGUCCUCGCCCUCCCCGUCUUCCUUCCCGGCCCCCAAGACGGCGGAUCGCCCCAAAGCGCCCCGGACCCGGGCGGCGACCUGGAGCCACCGGGAGACGCUGGACUUCUUGGCCCUGUGGGGGGAGGAAGGGAUCCAGGCGCAGCUGCGCCGCUGCCACCGCAACGCCGACGUGUACCAGUGGAUCUCGGGGCGGAUGGCCGAGAAGGGCUACCUGCGCGACGAGGACCAGUGCCGCACCAAGGGCAAGGACCUCAAGAAGAGCUACAAGCAAGCCCGCCUGCAGGACGGCGCGGCCCGCCAGCGCUGCCGCUUCUUCCACGAGCUGGACGCCAUCCUGGGGGUGGGGGGCGGCGGGGGUCGUGGAGGUGGAGCCCCUCCUUGGUGCCAGGUGGUGAUCAAGGAAGAGAGCGACCCGGAGCUGCGGGAGGAGGACUACGCCUGGACCCAGGGGUCCGCCCCCGACGGCAGCGACCUGGACCCCCAGGGCGAGCCCCCCUCCGCCGCUGCCUCUUCCUCCUCCUCCUCCCAUGCAACCGCCGGGGCCCCGAUCCCACCCCACCUCCGCCGCCACGUGGCCGGGAGCCUGCUGGAGGGAGAGCGAAGCCCCCCGGGGGAGGAGCCCGGCCCCCGCGAGGGGGGCGCGCCGCCCUACCUCUACCCCCAGGAGGAGAGCCCCGGAGGGGACAGCCUCGGGCCGCCAAGGAUGGAGGGGCCCCUCCUGCGCCAGGGGGGCCGGGCCCACCUGGACGGCCCCUGGAGGCCAGGGCUGAGUCGGAGAGCUUUUCCCAGACCGCGAACCCUGCUGAGCACCCGAGAAAAACUGGCCCAGCUCCGGAACAGAAGGAAGAGACCCCGGGACGACAAAUUUGACGAGCUCCUACGGGAUAUCCGGACACAUUUCCGGGAACGGGAGAAAUUGUUCCAGGGCUUGUGGGAGGAGGAGAAGGCCCAGCGGGAGAAGGACAGGAGGCUGUGGACAGCCGAGAUGGACUGGAUCCGGCAGAUGUGGGUGAAGAGCCAAAAAGAGAGAGACGCCAGGGGAGAAGACAAGGAGACGAAUGGGCCUCGGCUCGUAAAAGAGGAGCACUGGAAUCUCUGCAAAGACCUUGACGGGGACACUCCGAAAGACACCAGCGUUCAAGAGCCUCUGCUCUUAAAGGCCUGGCUGGAGUCUCACGGCCGUAGCUUUGGACAUUUUGUAGAUGACAAGUGGCUGAAACCAGGGGGAAGGGAGACGUACGCCACCAAAAAUCCCACCACAGGAGAGCACUUAGCCACCACCCUCCAGGGGAAUGGAGAGGAUGUCAAGGCAGCUGUUGGUGCUGCCACGAAAGCUUUUCAAACCUGGGGUCAACAGCCUGGCCACGUUCGAGCCCGACACCUCUACAAUGUGGCCAGGACCAUCCAGAAACACCAGCGCUUACUCAGCCUUCUGGAGAGCCUAGACAGCGGGAAGCUUCUCCGCGAGGCCCGGGAUGCAGACCUCCCUUUGGUUGUCCGGCAUUUCUACCAUUACGCUGGUUGGGCCCAACUGAUGGAGGUGGAGAUGAAGGGCUGGAAGCCUCUCGGUGCUGUAGCUGUUCUCAUCCCGCGGAACUUCCCUUUGUUGACUCUGGCUUGGAAGGUGUGUCCAGCUCUGGCCAUGGGGAACACAGUGGUGCUCAAGCCAGCCAGCUCAACCCGUCUGACAGCUCUGCUCCUGGCCGAGGUCUGUGCCCAGGCUGGGCUCCCUCCCGGAGUCUUCAAUGUUAUCACGGGCGACCAGGCGCUGGGUGAGGCGUUGGCUUCCCACCCGGGCCUUGACCAAGUGGCUUUUGCAGGUUCCGCUGAGGUAGGCCGAAGCCUGCGCCAGGCAACGGCUGGGACUGGCAAGAAGCUUUCUUUGCAACUUGGAGGGAAGUCGCCCUUCAUCGUCUUUGACUCUGCCGACUUGGAUAGUGCUGUUGACGGGCUGGUGGAUGCCAUUUGGCUGAACCGGGGACAGGCCCACAACGCCGGGUCUCAGCUGCUCCUGCAGGAAUCUAUCGCCAAAGAUUUUGUUCAGCGCCUGAAGCGCCGGAUGGGCCAACUGCGGGUGGGAGACUCCCUAGACAAGGCCAUGGAUCUGGGUGCCUUGGCCGACGAGAAGCAGCGAGAUGUGAUUGAGAGCCUCGUGGCGGAAGCUCGGGCGGAAGGUGCUGAGGUCUUCCAGGCCUGGGCAGCCCUCCCAUCAAGUGGGCCCUUCUACCCUCCAACCUUAAUCACCGGUGUGUACACAACCUCCCGUUGCGUCAGGGAAGAGGUAUUCGGACCUGUUCUGGUAACGCUGACCUUCCGGACAGCCAAAGAAGCCGUGGCGCUGGGGAAUAACAGCCCCUAUGGGUUGGCCGCCAGUGUGUGGACAGAGACCCUCCCGCUGGCCCUGGAAGUUGCCCGCAGUUUGCAGGUCGGGACGGUUUGGAUCAAUGGCCACAACAUGCUAGAUGCAGCAUCUGCGUUCGGAGGCUACAAGGAAAGCGGCUACGGCCGGGACGGAGGCAAAGAGAGCCUUUAUGAGUAUGUGAGACCAAACUGGGAGCUCCGUCCGAGCCCAGUCACCGUGGACGUGAGCUACAAAACCUUUGCUACCUCCCAGGGGGCUGAGGCUCCUCCAAAUCCCGGGAAGAAGAGAGUUCCACAUUCCGCAACUUCUGAUCCGGAAGGAAACACCCCAAGCAUGGACCGAACUUACAAGCUGUACUACGGGGGAGCCCAGAAGAGGCCGGACUCCAUGAGUUCCCGAGCGGUCCUCGACCACGCCGGCAAAAUCCUGGCCUACGUGGCGGACGGGAGCAUCAAAGACAUCCGUAAUGCUGUGGAAGCUGCCCACAAGGCGGCCGCAGGGUGGGCGAAGCAGACGGCCCAUACCCGGGCGCAGAUCUUGUACUACCUGGCAGAGAAUCUGGAGCUUCGUCGAGCUGAAGUAGCGUCACAACUCGAAGCAUUGACCGGUGUGGGGAAAGAAGAGGCCCUGCGGGAGGUGGACCUCAGCAUACAGAGGCUGUUCCACUGGGCAGCGUAUUCUGACAAGUACGGUGGGGCCGUACAGGAGACGGUUUUGUACGGCGCCUCCCUUCUCUUCCGAGAGCCUCUCGGCGUGGUGGGCAUCGCCUGCCCCGACGAACAGCCCCUGCUUAGCUUCAUCAGCUUGUUGGCUCCGGCCAUCAUCCGCGGCAACUGUGUGGUGAUGGUUCCCAGCGAGCGGUACCCAUUGCCUGCUCUGGAUUUCUACCAGGUACUGGACACCUCGGACGUCCCUGGGGGAGUGGUGAACAUAAUCUCCGGCAACCGGGACCAUCUCAGCCGGGGUUUAGCUGAGCAUCAAGAUGUACAAGCCAUGUGGUACUUUGGCUCCAAGGAGGGUUCCGCAUUGGUGGAAUGGGCCUCCUCCUGGAACCUGAAGAGGACCUGGGUGAACUACGGAGUGGAGCAGCGUUGCUGGUCCAACCUGCAAGAAGGAGCCGGGGAAGAAUUCCUCUACCAGGCCACCCAAUGCAAAAGCAUCUGGAUGCCCAUGGGCGACAUAUUUGCCAACUGA